CGCGCCGUUCCCGUCGCGAGCGCCGCGAGGGCGAGCUGCGCGAUCAUCGUCGGCUGUCAACGUGCGGAGAGUAUUAAUGGUCACGGACAACGUGCUUCUGGCGCAAGCUGUGGGGCGCAAGCGUGGCGCAAGCGUUAUAUGAUCCCAGCUGUGCCUGACUUUCCCUGGGGCACUACACGCGCUCAAACGAUUCCCCGUCGC